CGCAUGUGCGGUGAGGCUCGCGGCCGAGGGCGGCGCUGGGCGGGAGCCACCAUGGCGGCCGAGCGCAAGACGAAGUUGUCCAAGAAUCUGCUACGCAUGAAGUUUAUGCAAAGGGGACUGGACUCAGAAACCAAGAAACAACUGGAAGAGGAAGAAAAGAAAAUCAUUAGUGAAGAGCACUGGUAUUUGGAUUUGCCAGAGCUUAAAGAGAAAGAGAGUUUCAUAAUAGAAGAGCAGAGUUUCUUAUUAUGUGAAGAUCUUCUCUAUGGAAGAAUGUCAUUCAGAGGAUUUAAUCCUGAGGUUGAGAAAUUGAUGCUUCAUAUGAAUGCUAAGCACAAAGCAGAAGAAGUUGAAGAUGAAACAGUGGAGCUCGAUGUGUCAGAUGAAGAGAUGGCUAGAAGAUAUGAGACCUUCGUGGGGACAAUUGGGAAAAAGUUUGCCAGAAAGAGAGACCAUGCCAAUUAUGAAGAAGAUGAAAAUGGAGACAUACAACCAAUUAAAGCAAAGAAGAUGUUCUUAAAGCCCCAGGAUUAAGAUGGAUGCCUUAAGCCAUGGCCCACGGGUGCUUCACGGAAGUCAGCGGCAGAUCUGUAGCUCAUCCCAAUGGUGUCUCUGUAGUUAUUCAUACUGUAAUGUUUACUUUGUAAAGAGAUGUGUCAUUUUAGAAACAUGCUGUUUUUGAAACAGAUGUUGAUGGAUGUUGUACAUCCUUGGCUUAAUGGUGUUCAUUCAGAGUGGAUCUUUAGCUCCCUGAUCUUCAAAUGUAAAUUGUUAGAGGGCUCCUUCCUGAAGAGUUUUUGACCUCUGGUUUCUCUUAAUACAGUUCUCCAGUCACUGACCUUGAAUUGACUCAUGUAAACUAAUGCCAAAGUUUAAAUUGCCCUUUAUUAUAUUUAUCAAGAAUAAGCAUGCCUCUCCGGCCUGCUACCAGGUCAUUGUCAGUUUAUGGUAUUAUGUCGUUUUAUUUAAAGCAUUGAAUUAAUAGAAAAAAUUAUUCUGUAAUAAAAAUCUACUUUGACAUAG